AUGUGUCCAAAAAACCAAGGUUUAGCAGACUAUGUGUUGCAGAAGAAGCAAGAAAAACAUUGUUUGUACUGGGGAUGCAACAAUAAUAAUAUACGAGAUUUUGGGAGACUAUCCUCCGAGCCGAGACUUAAUCGUAAAAGCAGAAAGACAAAGUGCAGAAAUGGGCGAGGCGACGAUUUCGGGCUAGGCGGCGAUGUCGUGUUAGGCAACGAUUUCGGACAAAACAACAAUUCUGGGCAAGGCAACGAUUUCGGACAAGGCAACGAUUCUGGGCAAGGCAACGAUUCUCUUUGUCUCUCAGCUAAUCUCCUCUGGAUUUCUCUCCUUCCCAAUAGUGCUUCUGAUGGGCACAUUUUUCAAGGUGAGCCGGAGCUUGCUCAGACGGAGCUUUCUUGGGUGAAUAGUGACUUUGACACAUCUUUCGAGCUAUCUCCUCACUUUAUACUCAUUUUCGCUUCUUCUCCAAAGAUUGGUCGUGUUGAGGCACAAGAUGGCUACCUGCCGGGCAAAAAUCUAGAGGUCGUGCUACGAGGUCGAGUUAGCUGCGAUCCGUUUGAUUUGAUGAUUUGUCAUCGUGCCGAGACUUGUUAUUUUGGAUGGCAAUAUUUCGCCAAAGUGGCGUUACCGUGGCGAGGCGUGGGUCGUGCUUUACGUGCCAAGCCACAAGUUACGCUAAGUGUUGAUCCGCUCGUUCCGAGACCCAAGGCUGUCGAGCCAAUGAUGGUGUCGUGGUGCCGAGCCGGAGAUUAUUAUGCUGUAGUAGGAGUUGGAUUUGUUGCAUGCUUUCGUGCCGCGAGUUUGAGAAGGACUUUCCAUGCUGGAGACGUCGAAUUUGGCCGGUUUUGUUACCGUGCCAUGCGUAUGUCACCAUCCAAUGCCAUUGCGGCAUGGCGAAAGAGAGACUCGGCUCUACCCGAUGAAGAAGUAUGGGCGUUUCACGUUGAAGACGUCAAAAUGUCGUGUGGCGGACUCGCUAUACUUUUUAGGUGUGGCUCUGGUCUCCGGCUUACCCUAUGGGUGCAUUGCGGUCAACAAGAAUAUGCUAGUGUAGUCGAGACAGACUCGACGUACUUUUUAGGUGCGGCUCUCGUGUCCGGCUUACCCUGUGGGUGCUUCGAGAUCGACAAGAAUAUGCAAGCCAGACCUCGGCUUAUUUGUUCUGUUGCCUGCGAGCUGAUGCUUUCAGCUGUCGAUCCAUCUCGGCCUUCUCUUCUUCAAUCUCGAUAUAAACGGUUGGCUCGGUGCAAAGCAUCGUCAAAAGUUGAUGGUCGAGCGAUGAUAAGAUCUUCUCGAAACCGUGAAACGAACAUUAACGCAUUUCGAAGGUCUCCGAUAGCCGCGUCGUCUUUAAUAGCUAUGUUUGAGACGACCUUCUUGAAUCUCUCGAUAAACGUUCUAAGCGCUCCCAGCAUCGCUUCUUCAGUAGAGAAAUGUGCACCGUUGAUAGCAAUGUACAUUGACUUAAGGAAGAUUUUCGGGUCGUUGUGGCACGAUGCAUUUUGGAGGACAUCUCUCUUAUUACCGCGUUCAAUCGUGCAAGCUCGUGAUCGCGGGGUUGGUUUUCAUCGUCGACAGGUUCCGGAUGUUCGGCAGAUUGUGACCGCUCGACAAAUAGUUGGCGCUGAGCAAGUUGUGGCCGUUUUGCAGGUUGUGGCCGCUCUGCAAGUUGUGGGCGCUUUGCAAGUUGUGGUCGUUCUGCAAGUUGUGGCCCCUCUGCAGGUUGUGGCCGUUCUGCAGGUUGUGGCCGUUCUUCAGGUUGUGGCCGUUCUGCAGGUUGCGGUCAUCUUGUGGGCUACCGCGAGAAUGCUCGUCAAUGAAUCCUACGAUAAGAGACGCUGGUCCGCGGCGUCUGGUCUCCGAGUGUUCUGGGACUGGAGUUCGUGGAGAUUGUUGUCCAUCUUGAUCUUCAUGAGGUUGGGAGGUGCGUUUUCGGCGUCGAAGUCGCUCGAUCUGACUUUGGGAAGUGACUUGUGCUGCCACAAGAGCGUCAAUCCGUUCGAUCGUUCGUGCUUCCUGUCCGUCGAGCCGAUCAAGGAUGCAAUUGCUUCGUCUGCUGCUGUUGCUGCGAGGGCGGUAGGCGCUGCGGGAGGUUAUAGACUAUCCCCCGAACCGAGACUUAAUCGUAAAAGCAGAAAGACAAAGUGCAGAAAUGGGCGAGGCGAUGAUUUCGGGCUAGGCGGCGAUGUCGGGUUAGGUAACGAUUUCAGGCAAGGCAACAAUUCUGGACAAGGCAACGAUUUCGGGCAAGGGGCUAGGCCCAUGUCCAACAAACGCGAUCAUAAGCCCAAGGGUUUGUCCGAAUAUCAGGAGAUGAAAUUUGUUAAAGCCUACAGAAAUGUCUGCGACGCCAAGGAUUCAAUUGAUACCCUCAAAGACUUGUCGAAGAUCAAGGGAUUUGGCAAGUAUAUGGUUAAGCUCAUGCAAGGAUAUUUUGUUACUGGUGCUGCAAGUUCCGAGCAAGAAGCUUUACCUGGAAAUCGUGCUGGGAAAAAGGCCAAGGGAUCAGAACCGUACAAGCCGCAAAGAAAUACUGCGGCUUAUGCGUUACUAACAUUGCACAGGUUUAAGACUGCAAAUGGGAAAAAAUUGAUGCGUAAACAAAAGCUUAUGGACGCUGCUGACGCUAGUGGGCUCUCACAUGUUUCUAUUGCGCCAGAGAAAGGAAAAGGAAAAGCAGGACUUGGAACCUCUAAGAGGGAGUGGUAUAGCGGAUGGAGCUGCAUGUCGAAACUUAUAGAGAAGGGAUUGGUGGUGAAAUUUAGCAACCCAGCAAAGUACAUGCUGACAGUUGAAGGCCGGAAUGUAGCAGAUGACUUGGAUCCAAGAUCCAGGGGACAAUCAUCCAUCCCAGCAGGACCUUCUUCUAGAGCACAAGAAUUCUUAGCUACAGAUACAGGUCAAGUUGAUCUUGAGGGAUCUCGUGCUAAGAAGUUCCGUUCUUCAAGUCCAUGUUCUUCUAGUAUAAGCCAUGCCUUGAAAGCCUGCUCAUCUUCUUUGGCAUCUGAUGGAACCGAAGGAGUAACAACUAUUCCACGCCUUCCACCUCUUAGAUUCGGAGAAGCGUUUGAGGAAGUAUAUGAUGUGAUCUUGAUACUGGAUGAUCGAGAACAGUUUGCCACUAAGGGGCAUAAGUACCAACAAGAUGAAUAUGUUCUCGACUUUAUUGUUGAGAGGAAGAACGUUGAUGAUAUGCGCUCGUCAAUUAUGGAUAAUCGCUACAAGGACCAAAAACUUAGACUUCAGAGAUCGGGAAUCAAAAAGCUGAUAUACAUUCUUGAAGGGGAUCCAAACCAGUCUAAGACUGCAGAAAGCAUUAAAACGGCUUGUUUCACUACGGAGAUAUUGGAAGGGUUUGAUGUGGUGAGAACAAACGGACUGGGUGAGACGCUAAGAAAAUACGGUUAUCUCACUAAAUCGAUAUACCAAUACUACAAGUCGCUGGUGAAUGAUGACCAGAGGAAAGUUGCGGACUCGUGUCCUUCUUACGAUGAUUUUGUCCAAAGGUGUCCAGACCUUGGUAAAAUGACAAUCAGCGAUGUAUUUGCCAUUCAGCUUAUGCAGGUACUGAGUCUUGCUAAACCGUCAUUCGGAUUUCUCUCUGCAACUUUCUUUGCCAUAGCUGUUCUUGAUAAGUACAAAACACUUCGGUCUCUUGCUUCUGCGUAUUCUAAACUAGAUAAUGUCUCGGCGCAAGAAGAAAUGCUGAGGAAUCAAAGCAACAAUGUAAUAUGUGCAUCAGCUAGUAAGAAUAUAUACAAGUUAGUUGUGUUGAAUGACUUGUACUCUAUUGUUUGUCCCUUUGAUCUUUUUGUUGUCUAG